UCAGGGAGGGGAGAAAAGGGGAGAGCAACAAGUGUGAUGGUUUUACACUGCUUUGCUUUGCUGACUUUUUAGUAAAGGAUUUUAGCGACGAAUUUCCCUCAUCUUAGCUUCUUUACAACCGAAGAAGAAGGACAUUACUUUUUAUUACACCGAUUUCCAUUUUGCGGGAACUUUCUUGGUUAACGGAUCAACAUGCCGCGGUCAUUUCUGGUGAAGAACAAAAGGUGCACGUCCUUUAAUGUUCACCGGUCAUAUGAAGACGAGCCGAAGGCCCCCUUACAAACAGAUGCCCCACCUGAGGCUCAUCAGAGCACAGACUCUGAAGACAGGCCUCAGUCGGAGGAGCAGUCUUCCCCUGCAGACCCCUGCUCCUUUGAGGAGGAGGUGAAGCUCGAAAGCCCCUUACCUGCUCACCCAGAGCCAACCAGACCCCCUGUGGCUCCCACUCAGCCAUACUACCUCAACGAGCCUCACAUGGCCGGAUUCCCUCCCUACUACAAGCCGCCGUACGCCUGGGAGCCGAUGCCCCCCUCCUAUAAGAUUCGGCAGAUGAGCUUCAGCCCCACGGUGCUGCAGCACGCCAGCAGCCUGUACGGGUCCCACAUCAGCCGAAGCCCCCAGCCCCAGCAGCCUCUGGACUGCAGCACGCACUACUCCCCCACCUCCAACACCUUCCACUGUCUCACCUGUGAAAAGGUGUUCUCAACGCCCCACGGACUGGAGGUUCACGUCAGGAGGUCGCACAGUGGAACGAGACCUUUCGGAUGCAGCAUCUGCAGGAAAACCUUCGGCCACGCCGUGAGCCUGGAGCAACACAUGAAUGUCCACUCCCAGGAAAAAAGCUUUGAGUGCAAAAUGUGCGGGAAAACCUUCAAGCGCUCCUCCACUCUGUCCACACACUUGCUCAUCCACUCGGACACGAGGCCGUACCCCUGCCAGUACUGCGGCAAGAGGUUCCACCAGAAGUCUGACAUGAAGAAACACACGUACAUUCACACCGGUGAAAAACCCCACAAAUGCCAAGUGUGUGGUAAAGCGUUCAGCCAAAGCUCCAACCUGAUCACACACAGUAGAAAACACACAGGCUUCAAACCAUUUGGGUGUGACAUUUGUUCAAAGGGCUUCCAGCGAAAGGUGGAUCUUCGCCGACAUCACGAGAGUCAGCACGGCCUGAAAUGAAAAGGAAAACAGUGUCUAUGUGUACAUUUCUAUUAAAUAAGCUGAUAUUGAUUCCUCAUUGAAGGCCAUUUAUAAUGAAGAAAUUGAGUGAUUGAUGAAAAUGUAUCUGUUAAUAUAUUAAGUGGUCAUUUAAAGAUGUGCUUACAUGAUGAGUGGGAGAUGUGUCAAUGCUAAAUAUACUUUUAUUUUUGAUUUCAUAUAAUUUAUUUAAAGUAUGCCUGAUCAAUGUGUGUGAGCUGUUCAAUGCUUUCAAUUGGAAUAAAAGGGUGAAAUGUCUGCCAA